AAAAAAAAGGACAGAAAAAAGAAAAUCUCGGGAGAAAUGUAGAAAAAGAAGAAAAAAAAUUCUAGUGGUUAUUAUUAUAAUAUAAUCUUCAUCAUGCUGUCGCAUGCAUACCUUAUAUUUUCUACAUGUCAAAGAAAUCUUUUUUACCGUUCUACUUCUUUUUUUCUUCUUUCUUUCUCACUCAAAUAAUCUUUAUCUGUCUUCAUUGAUAAUUAUACCAAUAGAAAAGAAAAUUUAUCUUGUUCCUUUUUCUUUUAUGUUUUCUAGAAACAGACCUAGGUGGUGGUGAAAAUUAUGAUGAUUCGGAAACAGAUGGUUCAAUAAUUAGUGAAACUGACACACGUGCAACGUUUAGUAAUGAAACCUGUGUUGAAGACAUAUCAUUUCAAACAAUACGUGAUGUAUUUACAUCAUCUGAAUCAACACGAGAACGUUCUGAUGAAAAACGACGUUUAAUUGAAGAUUUUCGUACAAAACCAUUUGAAGAAUUAAAAUCUCGUGUUAAUGAAAAACAACGACAAGCGGAUCAACGAAUUGAACAGUUAUUAAAUGUUCUUUAUUUAUCAAAAGAUACGUUACCAUUAACAAUAGCAACAACAGUAACAACGCCAAAUGGAAAUCUUCGAAAUAAUCUAACACCAACAACAAGUGAAAAAACUGUAAUACAUACAAAUAAUUUUAAUUAUCCGGAAUUGUUUACUUAUUAA